AUGUCGCCCAAGCCUGGUGUCGAACGUAGCGAUGUUGAAAUUGCUAUUAUUUGUGCCUUGCCCAUCGAAGCCCGUGCAAUCCAAACGUUGAUGGAGAACACCUCAAAGGACACUGUGAGCAAUACAGAUCGCUCUGAAGCGACCAAGACACAGCCCGAUGAAAACGCAUACACCCUUGGAGAAAUGGGUGGGCACCCCAUUGUUCUUGUGCAUAUGCCGAGCGUUGGAAAAGUCUCUGCAACUUUCGUCUCGACGCACCUCAAGCACACCUACACUGCCAUCAAGUUGGCACUUCAAGUGGGAAUCUGUGGAGGAGUACCAAAAGACCGUGAAGAGGUGAAGAGAAGACUGGGCGACGUUGUAAUUGGCACAGGCGUCGUUCAAUUCGAUCUCGGCCGACAGCACCCGGACAGAUUUGAGCAGUCAGAGCAUAGUCAAAAGUUGAUUGGUAAGCCAAGUGUCGAAAUACAAGCAUUCAUUAAGAAGCUGCAGUCUUCAAAAGAAAAUCUGGAGCAAAUAAUGCAAAAGACUCUGGCGGCAAACAUUACAUCUGGGUUCCGUUUGAUGGAUUGUCUCUACGACGCCACGUAUUGGCACAUGCACCGCAACACCGAGUGCUGUACACAGGAUCACAAGGUUUGCGAUGAAGCAAAGCGCUCAACCUGCGAUUCGCUUCACUGCGAAGACUUCCAGCUGUUUGAGAAACGAACUGAACUGAAACCCGUCAUCCAUUUUGGACCAGUUGGGUCUGGAGACAUGGUCAUGCAAUGCAGAACUCACAGGGAUACUCUCGCCAAGGAGAAGGGUAUCAUCGCCUUCGAUAUGGAGGGAGUAGGUACAUCAAUGCAUCAGGCCUGUCUUUUCGUGAAAGGCAUUUCCGACUAUGCGGAUAGUCACAAGAACAAGGAUUGGCAAGAGCAUGCCUCUUUGGCUGCUGCAGCUUGCGCAAAAGCCAUCAUUGGGCAGUGGCAUUUAUCAGACAAAUCAGAACUGAAAUCACAGGUUUGUUCCGAAAUUCCACUUGAUCUUUCAAUCGCCUGCUGA